CUGCUAUUCUACUUUACCUUAAUGAGUGACUUACAGCAAACGGCAAGCCCAGUCAAACAGUCUCUAUGACAACAGACCAACCCCCUUACCCCCAGCCUCCACUCUGGCCUCAACCAUGGUAGGGGUGUCACUGACCCAGAGUUCUGCCCACCAAUUGUGCUUGAAUGAAUGGUUAACUAAUCGGAAUCUUGAUGUUCUCGUGAGCUUAAAUUCUAUAUCCCUUGGUUUAUCGAUCAUAUUUUCGAUCUAUCUUAUCAUCAUUCUUUACGUCCCGCAUUCCAGAGCAGAUCUCCAUUGUCCUGGGUUUAAGGUUCCCUGUCAUAAUCCAGCAUAGCCUUUAGCUCGGUGAAUGAAAUUUACACUAGUAGUGCAGUAAU